AUUGUCAAGAUUUUGAAGUCUCAUUUUUUCCCAUUGAUUGAAUGUAUAAGUUGCAGGCUGCUAUACCAAAGUCCCACAAAAAUGCCCUUUGCUUUUAAAAAGGGGAGGGGCAGGGGUUGGAACUGUUGGUUUAGACUGCAGGUUCCUGGUGCUUGAGCACAGCUCCGCCUUGUCGGCACGGAAACCUUCGCUCUGAAGUCGAUCUUCAGGACCAGGAUCCUUUGGCUUCAGUUGUCUGCGUCCACUGCCCUCUCAUUUGCUCUGCCCAUGACUCUUGCUGAUAUACCUGACUGAAGACAUGCCUUAAAGAAGCCUCUCCAUACAACUCCCAGUAAAGACUUCUUCAUGUGUCCCUUCCACAGAGACUCCCGCACUCCUAGAAUGAGCCUGGCACAGUGGCGGGCCACUACCCCGGUGUCCGUGUCUGAGUGACUCUUCCCAGCAGCUCUGAGGCUUCUGAGAUCAAAGAUCUUGAGAUUAAGAAUGGCAGGAAAAUCAUCGCUUUUUAAAGUAAUUCUCCUUGGAGAUGGUGGAGUUGGGAAGAGUUCUCUAAUGAACAGAUAUGUGACUAAUAAGUUUGAUACCCAGCUCUUCCACACAAUAGGUGUGGAGUUUUUAAAUAAAGAUUUGGAGGUGGACGGACAUUUUGUUACCAUGCAGAUCUGGGACACGGCCGGUCAAGAGCGAUUCAGAAGCCUGAGGACGCCGUUUUACAGAGGCUCUGACUGUUGCCUGCUUACUUUCAGUGUCGAUGAUUCUCAGAGCUUCCAGAACUUGAGUAACUGGAAGAAAGAAUUCAUAUAUUAUGCGGAUGUGAAAGAGCCCGAAAGCUUUCCCUUUGUGAUUUUGGGCAACAAGAUUGAUAUAAGUGACCGGCAGGUGUCUGCAGAAGAAGCCCAAGCCUGGUGCAGGGACAACGGCGACUAUCCUUACUUUGAAACAAGUGCAAAAGAUGCCACGAAUGUCGCAGCGGCCUUUGAGGAAGCAGUUCGGAGAGUGCUUGCUACCGAGGAGAGGUCAGAUCACUUGAUCCAGACAGACACGGUCAGUCUGCACCGAAAGCCCAAGGCCAGCUCAUCUUGCUGUUGAUGGUCAGAGAGGUGGCCCGUGCGACCUAACCAGCCCACACACAUACCUAAGCACGGGGUUGAGGAGAGAGUUAGCGUUAGCAGCAGUGGGUCACAUGCUCACUAAGUUAACCCCAUUGCUGUCUCGUUAGUGGGUAGGAGAAGGGGGACAUCCACUCACAGGAGAAUCUAUGUACUCAGUAACGGCACCUUACAUUUGUAAAUUCUGACGGUUGUCUAAUAACUUUUAAUUUAAAUGCGUAAGUUACAGAGCUAAUACAUGAUAUGACCAAGACUAAUUAUAAUUAAAACACUUGAGUAUUCUAGAAAUUACUGUUUUUUCCCUGGGAAAUGGAGAGCUACUUUUUCUAUGUGUAUAUUUUUAUGUAAUUAGCAUUCUGUUCCUGGUUCAGGGAAAACAUGUCCUAAAGCAAUAAUGUUAGAUAUUAAAGAUUAAAAUCUAAUGCA